AUGACAGACUCACUUUCGCAGGCUGGCCGCCGCCUGAACCAGAUGAAAGAUUCGCUGCUAGGCAAGACAGCCACGACCAUCCCCUUCGACCCUGAGUCGACGUCAUUCCCAACAAGAAAGAAUCUGCCCAAGAUUGUGGGAGCACCCGACGACGCCGCCUGGGUCUGGGGCAAAGAUGACUACAUCGGCCGCCUCAACCUGCUAACACCAACGAGAGUCAAGGCAGCCGCCUCAGAGAUUCGGACUGGCGAAAUGGCACGACUGGACCUUCCGACCAACGUGCCCUUACAACCGGCAUUUGGCCGACAAAAGUUCGACCACAAGAUCGUCGAAUUGUUCGAAGGCAUCUGCUUCGACGACAUCUACAACAUGAACACCCAAAGCGGCACUCAAUGGGACGGGUUCCGACACUUCGCCCACGUCCCAACCAAGACCUUCUACAACAACACGCACGCCUCGGACGUCCUGGGCGCUCAGGCGAACCACAAAUGCAGCAUCCACCACUGGUCCACCCACGGCUUCACCGGCCGCGCCGUGCUCCUGGAUUACCGAUCCUACGCCGACGACCAAGGCAUCAAAUACGACACCGCGACUUCGCACGCCAUCUCGUACGACGACCUCGUGGCGUGCGGCAACUGGCAGGGACUCGACAUCCGACCCGCCGCCUUAGGAGGGGACAUCAAGAUCGGCGACAUUCUGUUGAUUCGCUCAGGCUGGACAGAGGACUACUACAAGCGCACGCCCGAGGAGCGCGAACGUCUCGCCCUCCGCGGUCACGACACCCACGGAGGCGAGCAGUGUUGGGCGGGCAUCAAGCAGGAGGAAGCCAUGAAGGAGUGGCUUCACGAUUGCUACUUCUCUGCUGUGGGCGGUGACGCCCCUUCGUUCGAGCGCUGGCCAACGCCCGAGUCGUACUAUCUGCACGAAUACAUCCUCGCGCUCUGGGGUAUGCCACUGGGCGAGAUGCUCGAUCUGGAGAAGGUCUCGGAGCUGGCGAAGAAGCAUAAGCGAUAUACGUUCUUCUUCAGUAGCGCUCCGACCAAUUGUCCUGGUGGUGUCAGUAGCCAUGUCAAUGGCACUGCUAUUUUCUAG